AUGGAGGAAUCUGGUGCGUUAUUUUGUGCAUUCGGCGCACGUAGCGCUACCAGGAUAUGGUGCUGCUGGAAGGGUUUCUUUCUUCUCAGUGUAUUCUUUCACAUGUACCUGAGCUCAUUGCUGGACUGUCCGCCCACCUGUACCUGCUCACCCACAGAAAUCUACUGCAAUAAGUCUGACAUCAGUAAAUUCUUCCCGCUGUUGUCAUUCCAAGGCACCGGCAGCACCGGGAACAGUACCGGGUGCAUCGAGGAUCUUUUCCAGAACAUUACCUCAAUAUACAUUGAGUCCUGGACUGGUCUGCAAACGUUGAGGGAUGUGGAUAUGGAGCUCUACACCGGCUUAGAGAGGCUCACUAUAACAAGGAGCAACCUGCAUACAAUCCAUACUCGUGUUUUCUCCAAGAACCCCCACUUGCGUUACAUAAACCUGUCCAAGAAUCCCAUGUUGUCCACAUUAUCCUGGCAGAUCUUUGAACCUGUGCAGAUCUUUGAACUUCAUUUAGAGGAGGUGGUGUUCACCUGCGGCUGUCAGAUCCGCUGGCUGCAACUAUGGCAGCAGAGAGGAGAGGCAGGUCUAAGCAGCCAACAGUUAUAUUGUGCUGAUGGCGACAGGGAGAUAAUGUUGCGUGAUAUGAACAUUAGCAGUUGUGAUUUGCCAGAUAUCAGUGUCAGCCACAGCAACCUCACAGUUAUCGAGGGUGAUCGUGUAACUGCAAUCUGCAAUGGCUCUGGAUCGCCAUUACCUGAGGUGGACUGGCCUGUGAAAGGCUUACACUCCAUAAAUGCACAAGAGGCUACAGUCUUCGACAACAACACCAUUCAUUCCAUCAACAUAACUUUGGUCAAUGUAAGCAGAGACGACAACAACUUCCUGCUAACUUGCACUGCCACCAACAUAGUGGGCAUGACCAAUGCUUCUGUCCAACUAACAGUUCACUUUCCUCCCUCCAUUGUGAAGCUGAAGGAGCCAGAACGGCGCCAUGAUACUUGCAUAGAGUUCACGGUUCGGGGUUCACCCCACCCAACCUUACGAUGGUUCUACAAAGAAAAGGAAAUUUCCCACACUGAGUAUGUGCGCCCUGAUAUGGAUAUUUACCAGGACGAUAUAGAGGGUUGUCUAACCUUUAAAAACCCAACACACCAUAACAAUGGAAACUACACUUUGGAAGCUACCAAUUACCUGGGGGAAGCCACCUUUACUGUGUAUGGGCAUUUCCUUGACAAGCCCUAUGACGUUCCAGAAACAGAUUAUGAAUAUGUGACUCCAACUGCAGAGACACAUAAGCCUGAGAAGGAUACGUUUGGGGUCUCAAUAGCAGUAGGCCUGGCAGUGUUUGUCUGUGUGAUGCUGGUGGUUCUCCUUCUCCUCAUCAACAAGUUUGGACCACGCUCUAAAUUUGGAUUGAAAGGACCAGUAGCAGUGAUAAAUGGUGAGGAAGAUUCUGCCAGCCCACUUCAUCAUGUGAAUCAUGGGAUUAUCAGCCCUUGUACGCUGGAUGGAGGGCCAGAUUCUGUGGUGAUUGGAAUGAACAGAAUCCCUGUUAUAGAGAACCCACAGUAUUUCAGACAUGGACACAACUGUAAUAAACCCACCACCUACGUUCAGCAUAUUAAACGACGGGACAUUAUCUUGAAAAGAGAGCUGGGAGAGGGAGCCUUCGGCAAAGUCUUCCUGGCUGAUUGUUACAACUUGAGUCUUACCAAGGAUAAGAUGCUGGUAGCUAUAAAGACUCUGAAGGAUCCAACUCUUGCAGCUAGGAAAGAUUUUCAGCGUGAGGCUGAGUUGCUGACGAACCUCCAGCAUGACCACAUUGUAAAGUUCUAUGGAGUGUGUGUGGACGGAGACCCACUCAUCAUGGUCUUUGAGUACAUGAAGCAUGGAGAUCUCAAUAAGUUUCUCAGAGCCCAUGGGCCAGACGCCAUUAUUCUGGUGGAUGGACAACCUCUACAGACCAACGGAGAGCUGGGUCUGUCACAAAUGCUUCACAUAGCGAGUCAGAUUGCAGCUGGAAUUAUCUACUUGGCAUCUCAACACUUUGUGCACCGUGAUCUGGCAACCAGGAACUGCCUGGUUGGGAAUGGCAUGCUGGUGAAGAUAGGAGAUUUUGGCAUGUCCAGAGACAUUUACAGCACAGAUUAUUACAGGGUGGGAGGUCACACCAUGCUGCCUAUCCGCUGGAUGCCCCCCGAGAGCAUCAUGUACAGGAAGUUCACCACGGAGAGUGAUGUAUGGAGCUUUGGAGUCAUUCUGUGGGAGAUCUUCACUUACGGCAAACAGCCUUGGUUCCAGCUCGCCAAUAAUGAAGUGAUAGAGUGUAUUACUCAGGGGAGGGCACUUGAGUGCCCCUGGCUGUGUCCCAAGGAAAUCUACGAUAUUAUGCUGGGCUGCUGGCAGAGGGAGCCACAACAGCGCUUCCACAUUAAGGACAUUCAGAAGAUGCUCAUAACUUUAAUGAAGGCCACACCAGUCUAUCUGGAUAUACUAGGAUAG